AUGAUUAUUAGUUAAAUAACCAAUAAUGAUGAAUUGCAAGAGCCUCUAGAAACAAAUAUGAACAAAAGCUCAAAAGUUUUAUUGUGGGGACGUAAAGGUUAGAAACUGAGCUUUGGCAUUGAAAAUCCUAUUUGGAAAUUAAAGGCUUUAAAGAUAAUUGUUUUUGUCUCUAAGUUUCUAUUCUUAAUAACACAACAAAUACUUAGAAAGGAUUUAAGAAAUAUAUCAAAAUCUGAGUUCAACUUAAUUCAUGAUUCUUCUUCAGAUUAUGAUUUUUUCAAGUAUCGAGGUUAUCUUCCUAAAGAUAAACCAUCUUAUUUAUUGAUGAAGAUUCAUUCUUGGUUCUCUUGCAUUUUAUGUAAUUUACUUAACUAUUUCAGACUAAUAAAAUACAUUUUUAUAAAAUAAUCACAAAAAAUGGCUUUUGAAACCAGAUGAUACAAUUUUGAUAGUAUGGAAUAUUUCUAUGAUUGUCAUCGUUACAAUUAAUGUGUUUUAUGUAUCCUUAAGAAUAUCAUUUCCUGAAAUAAGAGAUUUACAUCUAAUUGGUAAAGAAUUGAUAUUUGAAUAAAUCCCAGUUUACAUAUUUUUCAUUGACAUAUUAUUGAAAUUCAACACAGGCAUUUAUUUUAGAGGAAAUCUCAUAACAAAUAGGAUAAAAAUUAUUAAACAUUAUUGUUAAGAAGGUAAAAAGUUGUUGUUUAAAGUUAGGUUUAAUAAUAGAUUUAGUUUUAGUGGUUCCUUUCUUUAUAGGUUAAUUACUAAAUUUUAGUCAUUUGGAUUUUGUAAUAGUUUUAAAGGUUUUCCAACUUUCUGGUUUAUUUUCCUCAUUAUUUAAUCGUUUAGAAUUAACUUCAAGACAAACAGCCAUAUUCGAUUUGUUUAAAAUGAUGUAAAAUUAAUUUAUAAAAAGUAGUUCAUUGAUGAUCUUGGUUGCUCAUUUUUCAGCUUGUAUUUGGCACAUUCUUGGAUAAUGGGGAGAAUGGGGUUAGGAAGAUGGUAAGACUUGGAUUAAAGUUGCAAAUAUGUAAAAUGAAAUAUGGUUAGAAAGAUAUGUUGUUUCUUUUUAUUGGAGUAUUGUAACCAUGACUACCAUAGGAUAUGGAGAUAUUAUUCCUGUUAAUUUGACAGAAAGAAUAUUUGUUAUUUUUAUGACUAUGAUUUCAUCUGCUACAUUUGCAUAUACAGUCAAUAAUAUUGGAGGUAUUUUCUAGGAUUUUUCUAAACAAUCUGUUUAACUUAAAAAUAAUAUGAAUUAAUUAAACAGGUUUCUGAGAAGUUAAAAUGUCUCUGAUGAUCUUUAAAUUAAAUUCAGAAGAUAUUUCGAAUAUUUAUGGAGCAAACCUUCUUAAAAGGUCAUUCAAUUUGCUGAUUUAAUACCUAGAAACUUAAAAGAUUAAAUGAUAGUCGAUGUAAAUAUAAAGAUAUUAAAUCAAAUAAGUUAUUUCUAAAAUUUUAGUUAACCCCUUUUGACUAAAUUAUGUAUGCAUUUAGAGGAGAAAUAAAUUCAGUCAAAUGACUAUCUUUUUACAAAAAAUAAAGAAUCAUAAUAUCUUUAUAUACUCGUUUCUGGAGAAAUUAAGUUAUAAGUCUAAUUAAGGAACAAGCCAAAAUUGUUGUAGAAACUUGAUAUUCCUGCCUUUGUAGGACAAUUAGAUUUCUUUUAUAAUCAACCUUAUUCUUAUGAUGCUAUUGCUUCUAAAACUACUAAAAUACUUCAUAUUUCCAGAGACAUUCUUCAUAACAUUUUUAAGGAUUUUCCCUUAGAUUAUGUACAAUAUAUUUUAUAAAAAUAAAUAGGAAAAAUUUAAAUAAAUUUCUGAAGAUUUGGUUCAUCAAAAAUAAUUUUCAUAGAUUUCAGUAUAUUGUAAUACUUGUUAAAGUAAUACUCAUUUUAUCAAUUCUUGUCCUUUCCUUUUAGGAACUCCAAAUAGAGUAAAGGCAAUUUACAAUUACAGAAAAUUUAUUCCUAGUGAUCGAACACCAUUUUUUAAAAGACACAAUUACUCGAGAAAAAUGUAUGCUUUGAAACAUCAUUUUAUUGUUUUAGAAAGUAUCUUGAAUUACAUGAUGAAAAAUGAAGAAUUUAUUCAUAUGGAAGAUUUUAAAGAAUUACAAAUGUAAACUUAACAACUUUAAAACAAUUAAUUUACUUUUAAUUAAUUUCCAAUAGGCCUUUCAGUUCAUCAUUCAAAUAAUUCGGUUCUUCCCCCUCUUUUAGUUAAUUCUUCAAGUAAACACUCCUAAUCUUAAAGAGUAUUAUAAUCUGUUGGAAAUUUAUUGCCUCCUUAAAUAGAUGAUUCUCCAAAAACUUUUCGCAAUAAUUAAAUAAUCAAUAAUACGAAUUUUAGAAAUUAUCAUAAAAUAUCUAUCAAUCAUGGAUCUUAAUCAGAAUUACCAAAAAUUGAUGAUGAAGUUCCAAAAUUUGAAAAAUUAUAAAAAAAAGUUUAAAAUGAAUCAUUAUGUGUAAUAAAUGAUAAUUAAUAAUUACAAAAAUAACCUAAUCAAUUAAAUUUCUAAACAUAAUAAUAAAAUCAACAAUAAUAAUAACAAUAACCUUAAUUUUAAAUAAAUUAAAUAGGACUAAGACGUAAGUCAGUGAGAUUAAAAUUAGAUGAAAGUUCAGAAGAUGAAAAAGAUGAUUAGGAUAAAAUUAUGGGAUAAUAUAUCGAUUUAUUUUAAUAAUUCGAAAGAGUAUAAGAAUUCAAUCAUUAUUAUUGCCAUAAUAAUAUGUCUAUUGUAGUGAAUAAAGUAUGAUUUUACAAUAUCUUGUAUUCAUAGUAUCAGGAGAGCGUAUUUGGUUUUUAAAGGCAAAUAAAAAAAAGAAAAAGUAGAAGACAAGAAACCCUAUUGCAUUUGCUUAAAAAGUAAUA